AAUUAAUUUUUGCGUCGUAAUUAAGUUAUGAUUCAUGCAAUUUUCAAGCUAGAUAUCUAUGAUUAUUUAUGACUAUCCUCGAUUCCUGAUUAUUUCUGGAAAACAGUUUCUUCUUUAUUGAUACGAUCGACCUUUUGACAUUUCUUUAUCUCAAGUACAUAAUUAAAAUAUUUGCCAUGAAUUGUAUUUAUUCUUGACAUAUACGAAUUGAAUCGAAACGCUGAUUUUAUUGCGUCACAUUGAAUCGUUAAUUUCGGUAACAAAAAUUUAUGGAUCCCGGAAUACUUUCCAGACUGAUCCCUCAGAACAAAGAGCAUGUACGUCCCGCCUGCAAAAAAUGCGGAUACGCCGGACACUUAACCUAUCAAUGUCGCAAUUUUAUCAAGAUCGAUCCCAACAAGGAAAUCGUGCUGGACGUCAGUAGCACGAGCUCGGACAGCGACGAGAAUUAUGUGACCCCGUUGACAGAAUUACGCGAACGUGAAUUGAAGAAGAAGCUAAAGGAGGCGAAGAAAAAACGCAAGGGGAAGAAGUCCACGAAGAAGCAUAAGAAACGCGAAAGAUCGGACAGCAGUGACAGCGAAUCCGAGUCAGAAGCGGCCAGCGAGGAAGAGAAGAGACAUAAGCGUAAGAAGAAAAAGAAGAGCUCCAAACAUAAGAAACGUAAGAAGCACAAAAAGGACAGUUCAUCCGAGAGCAAUGAGAACAAUGAUAAAAAAUAAAUUGUGAUCGUUAGUGUUAUCAGAGCGUCGAUCCUUCCAGUUCAUUCCAAUUUAUUCUGUCAUUGAAUAUUAAUGAAUGACCAUGACUUUUUGUCAUUAUAUAUGCGUUUUCCUCUUAUAUUGACUCAGCACAUGUAACACGAAUAUUUUUCCAUAUAUAAAAGACAAAGAACACGUUUGCAAUAUUUUCGUGUAAAUUUUUUUGACUGAUUGCAUUAGAAGUUGCAUCUAUCCUACCAAAUGUCAAUUAUUUCAUGAAAACGUGCUUUUUUUAUAUCUUUCAUCGAUUUAUUUUAAUUUAGUUGAUCUCUAAUUGUAAAUUUAAUUCAUCUAUUUUUCUGUAUUUUUCAUCGUAUUCAGAGUUUACGUUAAAGGUGAUAUGACAAUAGGCAAAAUAAA